GCUGUUUGUUUACAUUUUUCAGUAUCUACAUAAAAUUUAAAAAUUAUUUCAAAACUUUCAUUAAUAAUUAAAUGAAAACGAUAAUAUAAUAAGAUAAAACAAAUGAUAAUAAAAACCCUAAAUAUCAUUAUAAAAGUUAGUUGCAAAGGUUUGCAAUGGCAGAGAAGUUAUUCAAGUUUAAAAGUUCUUUAUUUUGGAACCGACAAAUUUUCACUUCCUUCUCUGAAAAGAUUAUCUGAACAGAAUUUAGCUCGACUGGAAGUAGUGACAUCCUACAAAGCAAGAAAUAAUCCCAUUAAAAGCUAUGCAGAUAAAAAUUGUAUGAAAGUUUACGAUUGGACAUCUUUUUUAAAGGAAGAAAGUGAUAUUUGUAAAGACUUUGAUUUAGGAAUUGUUGUCUCAUUUGGACAUCUUAUUCCUGAGAACAUCAUUGAGAGCUUCAAACAUGGAAUGUUGAACGUUCAUGCAAGCAUUUUACCCAAAUAUCGAGGAGCAUCGCCUAUAAUAUAUGCCAUUAGGAACGGUGACAAAGAAACAGGCGUGUCGAUAAUGAAAAUAAAACCACAUAAGUUUGACGUAGGAGAAAUUUUGAUGACCCAACGAACAGAUAUUCCAGAUGAUAUGCUUAUGCAUGAACUCCACGACAAGUUAUCAAAUCUUGGUGCUGAAUUACUUUUAAACUGCAUUGAAAACUUAUCAACACUUAAAGAGACCGAUCAAAACGAUCAUAAUGCUUCAUAUGCACCUAAAAUUAAUAAAGAAUUCUGCAAAGUUCGGUGGAAUGUCAUGAUGUCAGAUGACAUUUUUAAUUUAUAUCGUUCGAUUUAUUCAUUUAAAAAUAUCUUGACGACGUUUAAGAAUGAGCCUGUCAAAUUGAUAGAAAUAGCCAAAUGUGACAAAAACAAUCCGCCAGUUUUAGAAGAACAGGGAACAUCUACAGAACUCUCGCCAGGUCAUCUGAUAUUCUGCAAGAAAUCUAAAAAACUUUUUGUUAAAUGCUUAGAUGAAAAUUUUCUAGAAAUUAAGAAAAUUUCCCUAGGCAAAAAGAAAGUAAUGUCCGCUGUGGAAUUUAGAAAUGGAUUCAUGAAAAAUUAUUUAAAUUCAAAUCAUUAUUUUGAAUAGUAAGGCAAUAAAAAAUUAUCAGUCGAAAGUUUUGUUCAC